UCAUCGUCACGCGGGAGCGCUUGCCAAGAGGAUAAAAUGGCAUGGCCCGUUUAGGGCCAUUCCUUAUCAUUCUAGCCUUCUCUUUGGUCUUGUACUGUCUUGUUUUCUUCUCCACAACACUCCCAAAUCAACGGAUUCCUCCGUUCAGAGACACUCAUAAAGGACGAUCAGCCAUGGAAGAAUUUCUGCAGAAAGCCAAGCAAGCUGCGGGUUCUCCAGAAGAGUUCUCCAAGUUCCAUGUAGUAAUAGGGAAUGAAGCCUGUGAUCUGGACUCCACAGUUUCAGCCUUGGCUUAUGCCUUCUUUUUGCACAAGACUGCUGCUAAUGAUGACACAAGUGUUGCACAUGUCCCUGUCCUCAACAUCCCCCGUGCCGACCUACCGCUGCGUACAGAAAUAACGUUCUUCCUCGCACAGCAGGAGAUUCCCACAGACUCCCUCACCUUCCGCGAUGACAUCAACCUCACAGCGCUGCACAGCCAAGACAAACUCUCACUAACUCUGGUGGACCACAAUGUUAUAAGGGCCCCGAGAGACCAGGACUUCGAGUCAGUGGUUGUGGAGGUUAUAGACCACCAUAAAGAUGAAAGACCAGAAAGCGAUGUCUGUGAGAAAACGGUUGAGAUGGUCGGGUCCUGCACCACUCUGGUGGCAGAGAAGAUUCUAGAGAAGGAUGCAACUGUUAUGGACAAAAAACUUGCAACAUUGCUGAUAGGUACGAUUCUUGUAGACACAGUAAACCGCUCAGUGGAGGCACAGAAGGUUACGCCCAAAGACGAGGACAUUCUGGGGAGACUUAAAGAUUUCUGCCCUGAGGUGGAUGAAGGGGAAUUGUUCCAAAGCAUACAGGAGGCCAAGUUUGAUAUAUCAGAGCUGAGUGUACCAGACUUGCUGAGGAAGGACCUGAAGUCCAUCUCCAAUAAUGACAUCACCAUCGCCAUGGCUUCAAUCACCAUGGAUCUGGAGGAAUUGUUGGACAAACCUAAUGUGAUAGAGUCUAUGAAGGAGUUCUGCUCCAGGCAAGAUGCAAAAGUCUUGGUCGUCAUGACGAUAUCCACAAACAAGACAGGAGGCAUGGAACGUCAGCUGGCUGUGUACAGUGAAGACAGCAUCCUCAGAGAGAGGGUGUCUGUAUCGUUACAGGUGGCUGAAACACUUGACACGGCCACUAACGUUACCCUCGGGCUGUCUCACUUCGAGACCGGCAUUUCCACCCUGCGAGCCUAUCACCAAGGUAAUGUCGCCGCCUCGCGGAAAAAAGUCCUUCCCAUCCUCCAAGAUUUCCUCCAAACACCAUUUCAAGAACCCUCCAAACCACACCUUGCAGAAACCAGGGGCUUGUUUUCUCCAGAAAGUUCAGAUACAGGGUUUGAUAAGACACCGGAUAGCGACGGUUGGGAACAGGAAGCGUGGUCGCCUAUGAAGCACUCGGACAGUGGCCUUUUGUCAGAUGACUUAUUAGACAAGGAGCAAGGAAAGCCUGACUCCAACGAUGUAGCGAACGUUGACGUGGAAUUAUUUGGUGGAAGUAGUGCUACAGCUUCAAGUACGGGUAUGCAGCUUGAAGUGCAGAAUGACAACCUGCUCAUGUUUUCACCAGACCCCUCCCCUAUGUUGGAACUACCCAACCAGAUGCCUGGAAAUCUGCUGGCGAUAUCCGACGAGGCAUCACCUAACACGAGCUGCCCACGCACCCCACCAAAUAGUUUCAUCGACUCGACGCUAAACAACCAGAACUUUGACCAGAUGAAGUUCACCACAGAAGAAUUCAUGGAGAGGAUGAAACGAAAAAGCGAGAGCGAGGAGUUUGCCGACUUUGACCCCAUAGCGACGAAGGACGUGGAUAUCUCGGAAAAGGACGUUGACCUCAUGCAGCUGCCAACAGAGGCGACGGGGAACGUUGUGGCCUACCUCUUUGCUCAAGAAAUGGUGAGCAACGUGGGGAAAGACCUAGAAUCUCUACAGUUAGGAGAAAGCACUGACAAUCAACAGGAUGCGGAUAGUAGUAGUCAAGAGGUCCUCCGUGAUGACUCCGAGUUAAAUGAAUCCAAAGAAAGAGCCAACCCUUUCAUGGAUAAAACACCCGUCAUUGAAACAAUGCCAGAUCCGUUCAGUUCUGGAGAUCCGUUUGGACUUGGUUUAGACCCAUUCUCUUCCGGGGGUGCUUUUGGCGAGUCGUCACCGAUCGAUAGCAGCAACCCAUUUGGCGAUAAUUUCACUCCAUCUGAAGUGAAACUACAGCCAGAUAUCUUAGGAAAUGGGCUUGUGGACACAUUGGUGGAAAGCCAACAACCUAAAAUGGAAGAGCUUGAUAAACCAAACAGCCAGGAAAAUCCUUACACUGAUCCUGAUUUUUGGAGUUCUGGUACUAAAGAGAACACAGCAGCUGAUCUUCUUGGGGAUGACCCUUUUGGUCUGAAGGAAAUACCACCUGAUGAUUUUGACAAACAAUCAAGCUCAUCAGGCAACUCCAUCAACAACCCCUUUAUGGAUGACUUCGGUAACAUCGAGCAAGAGCUUGAUGCUGCACAUACUAAACAGGAGCAAGGAUCUGCUUCUCCAAACCCUUUCCUUGAAGACUUAGAAGUUAUUCCUGAAGAAAACAAAACAGAAGAAAAAACUGAAAGUGAUACCACAGAUCUGUUUGAAGGUGAAGUAAUAUCAACAGCUACUGCUGAAUCAUCAAGAAAUGACUUGACCAAUCAGCAACAAGAAGGCCAAGUAACAAAAGAUGAAUCAGCCAAUCAGAGUACAGGGGCCUUAUUAGAUGUUUUUGGUUCUUUCCCUCCAAGCAUAGAGGACCCAGCCGGUGGUAGUCCAUACUUUGACACUGAAGAAGUGUUGGAUGAUGCACCAGAAACUAUGAGUACUCCGAAAGCGGAGGAAAAACGGGAAGCAUGGAAACCGCUUUACUCUGUAGAGUCCUUGGACGAGGAAUCGGAGCAGAGCACGAUAACAGAGACGUCACCAGACAGCAUCACAAGCCCUGUUGCAAGUCGUCUUCUAGACGUGGCGUCCCCUAUGUCGUCCGAGUACAGGUCCGCUACAGAGUCUCUCGGUGCAGUGACAGACUCCGUCACUCAAAGUGAAAGUGAGAUUACGGAAACAUGGCCAGACGGCAUAACAAGCCCUGUUGCAAGUCGUCUUCUAGACGUUACGUCCCCUUCUUCGUCCGAGUACAGGUCCGCUACAGAGUCUAUCGGUGCAAUGACAGACUCCGUCACUCAAAGUGAAAGUGAGAUUACGGAAACAUGGCCAGACGGCAUAACAAGCCCUGUUGCAAGUCGUCUUCUAGACGUUACGUCCCCUUCUUCGUCCGAGUACAGGUCCGCUACAGAGUCUCUCGGUGCAAUGACAGACUCCGUCACUCAAAGUGAAAGUGAGAUUACGGAAACAUGGCCAGACGGCAUAACAAGCCCUGUUGCAAGUCGUCUUCUAGACGUGACAUCCCCCACAUUCUCUGACUACAAAUCUGCCACAGAGUCUCUUGGUGCAAUGACUCAAAGUUCCAUCACUCAAAGUGAAAGUGAGUUCUUCUCUGUCACAAGUCCAUCAGAAGAAAAUGUCUCAGCUCUUGAGUCGCCCCCUCCUGAACCAAAUGAACUUGACGAUCUUGAGCACAUAGAAGAUAUGCAGAAAAAGGAUGAUUCCAGUGAUGAUAUGUCCUCUAGCCCUGGAAAGAUUUCGGACGUAACCGACUCCUCGGACAGCUCAAACUCAUAUUCUCUGGAGAGUUCAGAACCAGCUAACACAGAAUUCAUGUUCUCCAAGGCUCCUACAGAAGUCAUAAAAGAAGAAGACGAAGAGGAAGAAGAUGAUGAGCAAAAAACUCCAGUUGCACCCAGUCAAGGAUUGGACCUUUUAGGACAAGAUCUUCCCACUGAAAAAUUCAACCCGUUUCUGGCAAAAACACCAAUUGAAAUGCCAAAGGAAAACCCUUUUGGGCCUGCUUCCCUCAAAGAGGUUGAAGAAAGCAGUCAGUAUCCAGCUCUUGAUAUUUUCAGCUUUGAUCCGAUGCACACAGUAGACUACAGGCAAGAAGAAGAAAAAUCAAAGUUUACAUCCACGGAGAUUGUCACUGGAGACGCCUUUGUGCCAGGGGAGCCUGAAGAAGACCAGAAGGUAUAUUCUUUCGGAGAUGUUAACACAGAACAGUUUGCAGAGGAACUCUCCUCACAGAUUGUAGGUUCUGGAUUGUCCGAGUCUAUCCAAGAAGCAAAGACAGUGGAGAAGCAGCCAAGUUUAGAGGAAGAAAGCACUGAGAGGUUUGCAGAGAACCUGACGACAGACGUUCUCCGUAAGGCUGUCAUGGCAUCCCUGAAAACUGCUGAGUCAAUUGAGCAAGCUAUUGAGACUCAGGACACACAUGAGAGCUUUGCAGAAGACACGCUCGAACUCCCAAGCCCCAUCACAGAGGAGCACUCUGAUAUCGAUACCCAGGCAGCAGAAGAGUUUGCUGAGAUGCUGACAAACCAGGUCAUGAAGGAUGCAACAAACAAGGAUCAGGCCGCCACUGCAGUUGCCGAACGCCUUACGAAGAUUGCCUUUGAGCAGGCUGCAAGGGAAGGACUGGAACUGGAACAGUUUGCAGAGAACGUCACAAGCGCCGUGUUGCAGCAGGCUGUAACGACGGACAGUGGCGAAACUGCAGACGUCCAGAUCCAAGAUCUAACCCCACGGUCGCAAGACAACACCAUGGAGUCUUUUGCAGCUGUGGGAGAGUCUCUUGCAGCGGUGCAAACGGCAAUGAGGGCAACUCUGCAAACAGCGGAGUCGAUUGACGUGGCUAUCAGCAAAACAGAAGCAAAGGAGGCGUUUGCCAGGGGUUUCUCACAGUUACAGGAUAGUGAAGAAGAGCUGUCCAGCCCCUUGUCUGAUGGCUACCCAGCCAUGGAUAGCUCCACGACUGAUGACACCUCCACCACGUUCAGUGUCAGCAGUACGCCUCAGCUCACGUCUCCUGAAACACCAGUCAAAGCGUUUCCCGAUCUCAGCGGGCCCUGGCAGGAAUCCGACCAGGUGGAACUGGUUGGUACCAGGGAAGAACCGGAUGGAAAUAGCGAAGAUCUUAACGCUGAGACAAGUGAGCAACUGCCUACAAGUGGAGAGAUUGUAGAGGAUCUGUUUGGAUUUGGAGACAAAACAACAAAGAUAGAAACCAUACAAGAGCCAGCUGUUAUUGUUGAAGGAACUGUGGCAAUGGCUACGGGGGUAGAAGAGAUGCAGGGAGCAGUAGGAGGUGUCGGGAUUCUUGAAGUUCCCACGGUCAGCGUACAAAAAGCCAGUCCCAUCCACACUCCGACAGACCAUGACCUGGCCUAUAUACCGAGGGAGCUACGGGAGUCUGUCGCAGAAACUGGUGAAGCUGAACAGUUACCAGGGGAGCCACUGAUGUCAUCAUCCCCCAAGACAUCAGUAAUGAGUCACCCCCUGGCUGGGUCAGCACCUCCUACUCCUGAACACACAGCACAAGCAGAGUCUUCCGGGCGCAGGGAACGCUCCAGCCACGUGAUGGAGGGGGUCGCAGUGCAGGAGGAGUGGCAAGACGAUGAACUUCCAGGGCAACUACCGGAGGAUGACCUGGAGGAUCAUGGGACAGAAAACAGGUUAAAUAACACUAUAGAAAUAGAUGACACAUGA